AUGAAGGGAAAACUAUAUUCCAAGCAUAAAGACAAGGAUCAUGAGAGGUACGGAGGAGGGGGCAGCUCCCAAAAUAUGAAUGCCCUGAAAAGGCUCUCCUCCAAAAUCCUCGGGGAUUCAAUGAGCAAUUUCUACCUGAGUCAAACAUUGGAUAAGAUAGACGAGCAUGUGAAGCAGUACCCCUUUUUAGAUGACCUGGGGAAGAAGUAUGGGAUCAAGCCCUCCUACGUGGUUGUGGGUUUCGGUGGGUUUCUCUUGCUCUCCCUUAUCUUGGGUUGGGGCGCGGCCCUCAUUUGUAACGUCGUUGGUUUUGCCUACCCAGCCUACCAGUCAUUCAAAGCAGUCGAAUCGCAAUGCAAAGACGAAACGAAGUUGUGGCUGACCUACUGGGUGGUCUACUCUCUCUUCUUUUUUUUCGAGUACCUCAUCGAUAUUAUCUUAUUUUGGGUCCCUUUUUACUAUUUGCUGAAGCUCCUGUUCCUCCUCUACCUGUACAUGCCCCAAGUGAGGGGUGCGGAAACUGUCUACAAUUACAUCAUACGUCCCAUCCUGCUGAAGCAUGAGAAGACGAUAGACGACACGGUGCAGAAGAUUAGCCAGACGGCUACCAGCCACCUGACCCAAAUCACGGGAAACCUAACCGAGAAGCUCGUCCAUGACGGGAUUCGCCGGCGAAACAUCUGA